AGCGGAGCGCGCGCGAGGCUUUGCGCGGAGGCUGCAACGGCUGAGAGGCCGGGAUCCGAGCGAGCCGGCGGCGCCUCCUGGGCUGGCUUCCCCGCGCAGCGUCCCUUGAGGCGGCCCUCGGGGCUCCGUCCGCCUUGCCCUGCCGGGAUCGCCGCCUGCGCCUCGCCGCCUCCGCCGCGCUGCCCGUCUCGCCAGCAGCCGCGCCGCCGCCGCCGCCGCCGCCAUGGGCAGCCACAGCUCCAAGGCCGCCAAGGGGGACGUGAUGGCCCAGGACGCCGCCGGAGACGCCUCGCCCUCCAAGUCCAACGGCCAGGAAAACGGCCAUGUGAAAGUCAAUGGGGACGUGUCCCCUAAAGCCGAUGGGGAGGUGAGCUCCCUGAAUGGCAGUGGCUCAGCAGAGGCCCCCAAGGAGCUUGCCAAGGCCGAGAUGGGCAGCGGAGAUGCCAUAGAGCCAGCCCCCGUGGCUGAGGGUGAAGCCAAACCCGACGGAGCUGCUUCGGCCAACGCUUCCAAGCAGACCCCCAAGAAGAAGAAACGGUUCUCAUUCAAAAAAUCCUUCAAGCUGAGCGGCAUUUCCUUCCGGAAAGCCAAAAAGGAAGCCGGAGACGCCUCGGCCGCCUCCUCUCCCAGCGAGGAGCAGCAGGGGAAGGCCGAAGCAGUGGAGGCUGAGGACCAGUCAGCCACUGCUGCCACAGAGGAGGGGGAGCCGGCCAGUGUGCCCCAAGAGGAGACUGCGGCCACGGAGGAAACCCCCGCCACCGCCUCUGCUCCCGACGAUGAACCGGUGGCCAAGCGGCAAGAUGGCAGCGAGGGGCCAGCAAAAGAGGAGGAACAGCCGCAGCAGCUGCCUUCCAGUGAGAGUCAGGGGGAUGUAAAGCCAGAUGAGACCUCAAAAUCUGCGGAAGCGGAGCCGACCACUGUGGCUGACGCUGCUGCAGCUGUUGAGCAGAAAGAAGAAUAGAGCUGACUUAGCUGCCCACCUCCUGCCCAUCGGAAAGAGACUUAUCUGUGCCAUCCUUCCAAUCCCACCAACCCCACAGAACUGCUGCCUUGACCACAUGCCACACAUGCCCGUCACACACACAGGCCUUCUGCAUUGAGCCGGCAAGCUUUGUCUCUUCACAGUGUCCCCCCCCCCCCCCCCACACACACAGUGAAGGGAAAAAAAACCUGACUUGGCCCCACUGUCCCUCAAGCAGGAGUUCUAAAGCCCCUCUUAAAACUAUAUAAAACUAUAUGGAGAGAUCCUGGACAGAAACUGGAAAUUGCUCCAUGAAAUGAGACUCCAGCUAUUAACACCAAGUUCCUUUUUCCUCAGAUCUUCUGUUUCUACUAAUCUUCAAAAGCAGCUUUUCUUUUUUCUCCAAAAAGUCCAACAAACCAGCAACAACUGACCCGUUUUUCAAAACUGAUAUUCUCUCUCUCUUGGUUUACAUUCCUGGUUCUGACUUCAUUUAAAAAUAUUUUGUGCUUUUUAUAGGAACAACCAUUUAAAAAGCUAAUCUGGUUAGUUUUUUUUAUAAUGUCUUGCUCUUGGCUUUAAACCAUAAAGCGUGUAAGUCCACUGUGUUUAAUUUGACAUCAGAGGGAGAACUACUUCGGGUUUAUUUAGGGAUGGGGGAAACCCUUAGGGAGGGGGUGGGAGAGGGUUGAGGGUGAGGGCUGGCUGUAUGAUGUGACUAAAUUUUCAUUUCCUUGUCUUUGUAAAUAAUUUUUUAAUGACCCUACUUCUGAUCUGCAGUUUUCUAACUCCUAAACAAAAGUCGUAUGGGUCUUAUUGUAACAUUUGAAAAGAAUAAAUGGUGACCCCUUUA